AUGGACAAAUCAAAAGAGAAAAAGUUUAAAAUUUGGAGUAUCCAUGGCAAAUGGGAAUCUCCUGAUUUAGAAUCAGCACGAAGGCCUGUGCCAUAUAACGAAGAGAUUCCCGUACCAGUAUGUACCACAUUGGCAGAUAUUUCGAUGUCAGAAGUAGAAGAAAUUGAGGAUCAGUACAGUAACAGCAUUGAAAAUUCGCAAUAUGCCGCUAAAUAUUUAGCUAUGGUGAGACAUGCGAUAGCAGGGCCAUCCUCUAAGCCUAUAGAAGAAGCUGAUUAUCAACAAUCCGAACUAUUCCAUGUUAAAGAAGUUGACUCUCAACAGUCCAAACAACUGCAGGCAUCAUCUGGGAACUCAUCAGAGCCAAACCUUCUGUGUAAAUUAUGGAAAACAUCACAUGCAACAGAGGAUGACAAUAAAGCAACCCUCACAUUGUUAUCUUUAAGAAAAUCGAUGGACUCGCAAUUUAGUGACAAAAAAAUCCACAAAAAUGAACUAUGGAAAAGAAUAGCUGAAAAAAUUAAUCAAAUGGGAUUUUAUGUAGGAAUUGGUAUUGAAGGCAGGGAAAAGGGAAAAUUGAAAGUUCCAAAAUUUUAUGAAGAAAUGGAGGAUAUAUUGGGCGACAAACACAAAGUAAACCCCAUAAUGAACAUUGAUUCUUUAAAUGUCAUUAAAUCAACCAAUAAUUCUGAAUGUAUUACCAUACAAGAAGCUGAAGCUCAGUCUUGUUGUACAUCUACAUCCAUUUUUGAUGAUAGCACAACUUCAGACACACUUAGUGAUGUGGGUAACUCAACACCAUCAUCAUCAAAUCAGUUUAAAAAAAAAUCGCUUCACAAAACUAACUGCUAGAUCAAGACCAAAAAGUAGCCAACAAAAUUGUUUGCAAGAGUUAGUAAAUAUUCAAAAACAAAACCAGACUAACCGUAAAGAGAAAUUUAAAACCAUGAUGGAGUUUUUCCAAGAAACAAACAACCAAAGACAAACAAAUAAUGGCUCUUAUUAAAAGAGGAUACAAAAGAAAACUUUCUAGCGAAAGCGAAAGUGAAUAGUUAGGUAGUAUUUGUU